GCGCCCACCCGCCACCAGUCACCGGCUCAGCUCGUCUGCAUCUCGACACGCUGCGGCACUAAUCGAUUGAACUCACUCAGUUUAUUACUCCCAAGGAGGAGCGUACUGCUACAAAGAAAAUAUUCGCUGAAACCGGAGCUUCCACGAGCUUCUCCAUUUUGUACACGACCCGUACUCGGCUGUGGAGUAAGUACGUACUCCGUUGAUGGGGAAGAAGAGGGCGGUGGCCGCGACGACGAGCACGCCGGUCUUCCCGUUCCCGGCGGCCGCCGGCGAGACGGAGCCGCCGCACCACUUCAGCGACUACGGCUUCGACCCCCAGCUCCUCCGCUUCUCCCAGCUGCCCGACGCGAAGCGUCACCAGCAGCAGCAGCCGCCGCCGCAGCUAGAGCACGCGCGGUUCAAGCUCCAGAAGCCCAUCUCCAAGAAGCACCAGCACGCGCAGCACAAUGGCAAGCAGCGCCGCCGCGGGUGGUGGAGCUCCGCGGCCUCUGCGGCGCUCCUCUUCUUCAAGCGCCCCUCGUCCAAGUCCAGCCCCGCCGCUCGGGCUGCCGGCACAGCCGCGUCGUCCUCCUGCGGUGCUGCUGCUGCGUUCGCCCCCCGGCCACUCUACUUCGCCGAUGACGGAGGCGACGACGACUCCACGGGGUGCACGUGCUGGUCGCCGGCCGUGCGGUCCGGUCACCUGGCCGCCGCCGAGCUAGGCAUUUCCUCGGUCCGAGUUCCGUAUGUUAGUCUCAGGGACGUCAAUCUCCGUGGUGGCGCCGGAGGAACUGGAGGGGCUGCUCCGGCGAUGCCUAUCUACCUCGUGACGUGAAGCUCUCCCGCCUGUCGAUCGACUGCUGGUGACUGCUCCUCUACUCUUGGGCCACGUGACAGCCUUUGAGAGGUGUAUUUCUUGUUCGUUUUUUAGAACUUGGACCACAUGUCAGUCAAAAAUUCCCAGUAAGGCCGUGCUUGGUACUAGGGUUUUUGAGGGGAUUGAUGGGGAUAAUCCUCACAGAGAUUAGGUGAAACUCCAACCUUCACCCAAUCCUUUUAAAUCCUCAUUUAUCAUCAAUCCACUAGGUAGGGGUAGUGUAUUGGAUAUUGAGAAAAAUGCACUAGAGUUUCGGGAUUUGUGAGGAAAUAUGAGGAUGAAGCAUGUCAAAUACAUUAGUACCAAAAAUGAUGUUUUGAGAUAUGUGGGGAUUUGGAAGUUUAACCGGGAUAAUCCCCACCAAUUUCCUAAAAAACACUAGUACCAAAUAAGGCCUAAGGCUUUGUUCGGUUUGAGGUGAAUUUGAAGCGGAUUGACAAGGAUUGAGGUAGAUUAAAUCCCCCACACUCCCUUCCAAUCCCCUUGGAAGGAGGAUUAACCGAACAAGGCCUAAUGUGAAUUGGCGAUGACCGAGAUAAACUAUCAAACUGUCAAAGUACAUGUAACUGUUCGCCUAUCUUCUUUGCAAUGUCAGGUUUUUUCUUAUC